GAAGAAGACAACCCUCCAGACUCCAGAGGCACAAACAGAAGCAAAGCAAUUGCUGCUAUGUGACCAGCUGGGUGCUGCUACUCUCAGAGAUAAAUCCUUCCAAACACAAAACCCAUUUCUGUUGCUACAAACAUGAGGAUGCGGCCCAGAUUUCUUGCACCUUAUUCUACCACUAUAGUGAUAUUUUCCAGACCAAGUUUGUGUCGAUUUGAUUUCUAAGCCUCCCUAAAACUUCACCUGGAAAAAGUUGAACACUAACUCGCCUUUUAAAUCGCUGCUGGGAGAUUUUCUCUCUAUAACCUACGGAUUAUUGUGAUUUAAUCCCUAAAACUUCUGUGAUUUUUCCGACCUGUAUUCAGAUUCAAAUUUUUUGAGGAUGUUGGACCCAAAGAAGAAGAUAGCCAUCAGUUGAUAAGGAAACGGUGAAAUACCCUUAUCAGACAUCACUAGUUGAAUUUCACCAUGGUGAGGAAGAAGAGAAAUCAAAAUCCUGGCGGAGGUGAAUGCUCUCAGCCUCAGGAAGGCGGUGGGGGGAGUGAUCAAUCUUCCCAGAGGAGUUCACCCGCACCUGCACCUGCACCAGCACCACAACAAUACUAUGAAGGAGGAAGAGGAGGAGGACCAGGUGGUUAUCAAGGUGGAGGAGGAGGAGGACCAGGCGGUUACCAAGGUGGGGGAGGAGGACCUGGAGGUUACCAAGGUGGAAGAGCCUGGGCGCAACAAGGACCACAGGGGGGACAGAGAGGCUAUGGUGGUGGUGGCGGCGGCCGUGGCCGUGGGAUGCCACCACAGCAGCAAUAUGGUUAUGGUGGGCCCUCUACCUCGCCCUCACAGGCCCCUGAAUUCCGAGGUAGAUCCCGGGGUGGUCAGGGAGGAGGAGGUCGUGGAGGAACUGGCAGCAGUGGAAGUGGUCGUGGCCGUUGGGGAGGAGGACCUUCUUUUGGUGGUGGCUCAGCGAGACCAUCGGUUCCCGACCUGCACCAAGCGACCUCUGCUCCGUAUGUUGCUGGGGUCACUCCUCAAGCCACAGGCCCUGCACCCUCCUCAUCCUAUGAGCCUCAACCUUCAGUAUUGGUGGAGCCUUUGCACCAGAUGACCAUCCAGCAAGAAGGUGUUCCUGCUCCUGCUCCUGGCAAUACAAUUCAACCCAUUCCGGCCUCGAGUAAGUCAGUGAGGUUCCCUCUUCGCCCUGGCAAAGGCACCACUGGCAUAAAAUGUAUAGUCAAGGCAAACCACUUCUUCGCUGAAUUGCCCGACAAAGAUUUGCACCAGUAUGAUGUUACAAUUACACCUGAUAUUGCAUCGCGGAGGUUGAAUCGGGCUGUGAUGAAGCGGUUGGUGGAUUUAUACAGAGAAUCCCAUCUUGGAAAUCGGCUACCUGCCUAUGAUGGGCGCAAAAGUUUGUAUACUGCUGGCCCUCUCCCCUUCUCAUCGAAGGACUUCAGGAUUGCCCUUAUGGAUGAUGAUGAUGGAUCAGGCGGGCAAAGGAGGGAGAGAGAAUUUAAAGUGGUUAUCAAAUUUGCUGCACGUGCUGACCUGCACCAUCUAGAACUCUUUCUGAUGGGGAGGCAGUCUGAGGCUCCUCAGGAAGCCCUGCAGGUUCUUGACAUUGUUCUGCGUGAACUGCCUACUGCCAGUUACUAUCCUGUUGCGCGUUCGUUUUAUUCCCCUGACCUGGGUAGAAGGCAGUCACUCGGUGAGGGUUUGGAAAGUUGGCGCGGAUUCUAUCAAAGUAUUCGUCCAACACAGAUGGGGCUAUCUCUAAAUAUUGACAUGUCAUCUACUGCUUUCAUUGAGCCACUUCCGGUCAUUGAGUUUGUCAAUGAGCUGCUCAACCGAGACAUUUCAUCUAGACCAUUGUCUGAUGCUGAUCGUGUGAAGAUAAAGAAGGCUCUGCGAGGAAUAAAGGUUGAAGUUACGCACCGUGGAAAUAUGCGCAGAAAAUAUCGCAUAUCUGGUUUGACAUCCCAGGCAACAAGAGAACUGACCUUCCCACUCGAUCAGCAAAAUACUAUGAAAUCAGUUGUUGAGUACUUUCAUGAAACCUAUGGCUUCAUCAUUAAGCAUACCCAGCUGCCUUGCCUACAAGUGGGAAAUCAACAAAGGUCAAAUUAUUUGCCCAUGGAGGUUUGUAAAAUUGUUGAGGGUCAGAGGUACUCCCGGAGGCUGAAUGAGAGACAGAUUACUGCUUUGCUUAAAGUGACCUGUCAGCGUCCUUACGAAAGGGAACACGACAUUAUGCAGACAGUUCGUCAAAAUGCUUACCACGAAGAUCCUUAUGCUCAGGAGUUUGGUAUUAAAAUCAGCGAGAAUCUCACUUUGGUUGAAGCUCGCAUCCUUCCUGCGCCCAGGCUUAAAUAUCAUGAUACAGGCAGAGAAAAGGAUUGCUUGCCUCGAGUUGGACAGUGGAACAUGAUGAAUAAGAAAAUGGUUAAUGGCGGCAGAGUCAACAAUUGGAUGUGCAUAAAUUUUUCGUGGAGUGUGCAAGAUGCUGCUGCCCGUCGGUUCUGCCAAGAACUUGCUCAAAUGUGUAACGUUUCUGGCAUGGAUUUCAAUCCUGAACCAGUACUUCCACCUAUUACCGCUCGUCCAGAUCAGGUGGAGCGGGCUCUGAAAACUCGCUACCAAGAAGCAAUGACCAAACUUCAGGGCCAGGAGAUUGAGCUGCUUAUUGCUAUCUUGCCUGAUAAUAAUGGCUCUCUUUAUGGUGAUUUGAAACGAAUAUGUGAGACAGAUCUUGGCAUUGUUUCCCAGUGUUGUUUAACAAAACACGUCUUUAAGACAAAUAAGCAACAGUAUAUGGCAAAUGUAACUUUGAAGAUUAAUGUGAAGGUUGGGGGGAGGAAUACAGUGCUAGUUGAUGCUCUGUCAAGGCGAAUUCCUUUAGUCAGUGAUCGACCUACUAUCAUUUUUGGUGCUGAUGUCACCCAUCCUCAUCCUGGAGAGGAUUCAAGUCCAUCAAUUGCAGCUGUUGUGGCGUCUCAAGACUGGCCUGAAAUUACAAAAUAUGCUGGUUUGGUUUCCGCUCAAACCCACCGACAGGAACUCAUACAAGAUUUAUUCAAAACAUGGCAGGAUCCAACAAGAGGGACAAUGUCUGGUGGCAUGAUCAAGGAAUUGCUCAUAUCUUUCCGUAGAUCAACUGGGCAGAAACCUCAACGCAUCAUAUUUUACAGGGAUGGUGUCAGUGAAGGGCAGUUCUAUCAAGUUUUGCUGUAUGAACUUGAUGCCAUUCGUAAGGCAUGUGCCUCUUUGGAGCCAGACUAUCAGCCUCCAGUGACUUUUGUUGUGGUUCAGAAGCGCCAUCAUACCAGAUUGUUUGCCAACCACCAUAAUGACCUGAAAACAGUUGACAAAAGUGGGAAUAUAUUACCUGGUACUGUCGUAGACUCAAAGAUUUGUCAUCCAACUGAAUUUGAUUUCUACUUAUGCAGCCAUGCUGGAAUUCAGGGCACUAGCCGUCCAGCUCAUUACCAUGUGCUGUGGGAUGAAAACAAAUUUUCAGCUGAUGGAUUGCAGACCCUUACAAAUAACCUUUGCUACACAUAUGCGAGGUGCACCCGUUCUGUUUCCGUGGUGCCCCCUGCGUAUUAUGCCCAUCUUGCUGCAUUUCGAGCCCGUUUCUAUAUGGAACCACAAACGUCGGAAGGGGGGUCAGUGACAAGUGGUGCUAAUGCUGGACGUGGAUUUGGGGGUGGUGGAGGAUCAGUUGGACGGGGCACGCGAGCAGCAAGUGCAAAUGCUGCAGUGAGGCCCUUACCUGCUCUGAAGGAGAAUGUGAAGAGGGUUAUGUUCUACUGUUAGGGGAGGAAUAAUCUGUCCUGGUCCCUGGUAAUAAUUGACAUUUGACGAUGUAGUCAUUAAGUUAAACAGUAAGAUUGUGAUCUGGUAUUUUGAUACACGAGAGAGAUGCUUCCCAAAUCAUAUGGUUUUGGUUUGGGGUUUGGCAAUAAACAAUGUAUUUGUUGUUGAACCUGGUGCCACUGCACUACCACCAAUGCAGAUAUUGGGAAAACUUUUCCCCCCAAUAAUAAUAAUAAUGUGGAAUGAGUAAUGCUAAGAA